AUGGCUCUGACAUUCAUGCAAGCCGGCACGGCUUUGAUCGUUCUUGUUGCCUUCAGAUUCAUCUGGGUUGGAUCCAAACAAACCAAAAAGAGUCUACCACUGCCUCCAGGUCCCAAAGGACUACCUCUAAUCGGGAACCUCCAAGAUCUGCCUCCACCAGGUGUACAAGAAUGGGUGCAUUGGACUCAUCACAAAGACUUGUACGGUCCCAUAAGCUCAGUCACAGUCAUGGGCCAAACAAUCGUCAUCUUGAAUGAUCCCGAGGCUGCAAUUGAACUGCUUGAGAAGAGAUCCGCUAUCUACUCCGCGCGCCCAAGGCUGGUCUUCGCCUUCGAGAUGUGUGGAUGGCUUAAUUUCCUUUCCAGUUUACCACCUGGUCAGCGCUUUCGCUCUUAUCGAAAGUAUCUCCACAGCCUUUUGGGUGCUUCGCAACUUCUCGACAGGUUCGGUCAGCUCCAAGAACAAGAGGUCGCACACUGUCUACUUCGCAUCCUCCAGACCCCACAAGACCUCAUUAAGCAUAUUCGUACCGAGGCCGGUGCAAUCAUCCUCAAAAUCGCCUACGGCUACACAAUCGAGCCACAUCGCCCAGAUCCGCUCGUCAGUCUCGCAGACGAAGCGCUUGAUCAAUUCUCUCAAGCCGCGGUGCCCGGUAAAUGGCUUGUGGACAUCGUACCUGCCUUGAGACAUCUGCCGGAGUGGUUCCCGGGUGCUGGGUUCAAGCGGACCGCAAAGCAGUGGAACCACACUCUUGAGCAGGUCGUCGAAGCCCCCCACAAGUUUGUUGAACAUCAGAUCUCGAAAGGCGCAGCACCAGACUCGUUCCUGGGCGAUUAUCUCAAGAAUGAGAAAUUAGCGUCAGAACAGGAGCUCGAUGUCAAAUUUACGACGGCGUCUCUGUAUACUGGUGGCGCGGAUACGACCGUCGCGACGCUCUCGUCGUUUUCACUUGCCAUGAUGCUGCACCCCGAAGUCCAGAAGAAAGCUCAAGAAGAGAUCGACCGUGUUGUCGGGACAGACCGUCUCCCGACCUUCAGUGACCGCCCAAAUCUGCCAUACAUCGAUGCCAUGGUUAAGGAAAGCUUGAGAUGGCAUCCCAUUGGACCUAUGGGCCUCCCACACGCCUCGACCCAGGCUGACGAGUACAAUGGCUAUCUCAUCCCUGAAGGCGCAAUACUCUUGCAGAACAUUUGGCUAUUCACUCAUGAUCCGGAGACCUAUCGGGACCCGAUGCGCUUCAAGCCUGCACGUUUCAUCCAGACUGAUGACCACGCCGCAGAAUUAGAUCCUACCAGAUACGUGUUCGGGUUCGGUCGACGGAUUUGUCCCGGCCGCGUCCUGGCCGAUCAAUCGAUCUACCUCACCAUUGCACAGAUGCUGGCGGUGUUCGACAUUUCAAAACCUGAUGGUGUGGAAGUUGCGCCAGAAUUCCUAGAUGGAAUCAUCAGCCAUCCGAAGCCGUUCCAAGCAAACAUCAGGGCCAGGGAUGCACAACGGGAGAAACUCAUCCGUGAUCUCGAAAUGAAGUUUCCAUGGGAGCAGAGCGACGCACACGACAUUGAGGGGCUGAUUCGAAAGUUGUAG